CACAGAGCACGUUGCCCGCUUAGUUGAUCAAAGUGUCAUUUCGACACAUCAGGCGUCAGCAUACUUUCGAUAAAAGGAUAAAUAAUAAUUAAUAACGGGUGGAGUCGUAACAAGGUAGCUGUACUGGAAGGUUCUUGGCCGACUAAAUUCAGGAGACACUUUUCCAUGGGACAGUUACAGUGGGAUGUAGAGUAUUGUCAGCCGGAUGCACUGUAUGGAAUCGAAAACCAUGCCACUGUGUUGAGCGGAACUGUUCCUGUGCGAAGGUUGAAAAUUGUCAACUUUCGCCUUGGUGUUUUCAGCAAAACUGGAGAAAAGCAUGUACAAAGACAAUUCAGAAUGUAGGAGUCGUUGCCUUAGAUGGGACCAGCUAGGCUGCCGAGUGCUACGUCCUUGCGGCAGUCUUACUACUGCAGUUGUUCAAACGAGCAGGGACGACUAGAACACUAACGGCCAGACAGGUCGACAGGACAUUAACAAGCGACCGAUGUGCGUUCACUUUAUUUACUUGUAUGUUUCCCUCUUUUACUACCAGGUUAAAGCUUUUAGUUGGCCAAAAUGCGGUCGGCUCUUUUUUUGGGAACCUUUUUCAUUGGCAUCAGUGCCGCCAGUGCCAGUUCUGCGAUUGGUGCUGGCAGUGUCGAGCCUCUGGAGGAGCUUCAAAGAUUGGCAGCAGAAUACAACGAUGGCAGGAAUCAGCUUGACGCUCCAGAUGCGCUUGAAAAAUUGCAAGAGGCCCAGCGGGCAUCGCAAUCUUUUGCCAAUCGGAACUUUAAAGAAAACGACGUUGGGGACGGCCUUCUCCCGAACAAUGACGAGCCUUGGGAGGAACAGUCUGUCGACAGUUCCGAGGACGUCGAAGAACGGGCCCUAGAACAAAAGACGGAUUUCCUUGCACAGCGUCCACAGCCUGAGAAGGCAGCAGUAUACCGGGAAUUGCAGGUUUUUAGUACAGGAAGUGCAGGUCCUGAGGAGAAUGGCGACGAAGACGAGCGCCAGAAUGACCCUGGUCAACUGAAUGUCGACGAGAACCAACCAGACAUUGAGAGAAAUGAAAUUCCAGAAGACCUAGACGAUCACAGCGAAGAAAGCGAAAAUGAAGAGACAGCUCUCGGCGGCAACGGCUUCUGUGCUGCCCAAGAAUCAGAUGACAAGGAUCCGGAUGGUGACGUCGACAACGAGGUGGAUGGUGUCGGCUUCAUGCUGGAAGGAAAGGAAAAUGAGCUCACAGAUCUGGAAGCACCUGGAAACGAGUCGACCGGGUCCACGGAAGAAGAAUCCGAGGAAGAACGAAUCCUUGGCAAGAGGAGAUACUAUUACGCGGCACCAAAAAAAACCCAGCCCCCGCCAAAGAAGAUUGCUGCCGCGCCCAAAAAAGCUCCUCCAGUAAAGGUUCCACUGAAAGUGCACGAGAAGAAGGUUGUUCCACCUCCGAAAAAAGUCGUUCGACCAGCCAAGAAGUACGUGCCCGUCCAGAAGAAGGCACCGCCGCCAAAGAAAGUCUACGCACCGCCGCCAAAGAAAGUCUACGCACCGCCGCCAAAGAAAGUCUACGCACCGCCGCCGAAGAAAGUCUACGCACCACCAAAAAAAGCGUAUGCCCCCCCUCCAAAGAAAGUAUCUGCACCCAAGAAGUACGUUCCGGUGUCAAAGAAAGGUGGCUACUGAAUUUAGCUGUGUGUUACCGCACGAGUGUGCGGGUGUUGAUUUUGCGUAAGAAGUCCGAGAGGAGAACUUACAACACAUGUAUACUAGCUUCGGUCAAAUGACCUUGAAAUGAACCGCCACACACUUACUUUCCCCGAAACUGGAAGGUUAUUAGUCGGAAACCGUCGAUACCUAGUCGAACUUAUCCACGCUGCAAAGAAUGGUCCUAGGCCAAAAGAGAGCAUUGAGGAAUGCUGUCCCACUCAUGAGUACCUAUUCGAACCUUCGUCUCUACAUGCCCAAGCGCCUCCAGCACGGUUUCAAGCCUCAUCUAGUGAAGCUUCUGCUGCCACACUGCCUACCUCAACCCUAAUUUCCGAACCUUACGCUGUUGCCUUCAUUAUAAUUUGCCUUGAUGGCACAUGCCAUCUCCCUCUACAAACUUGCAGUUCUGCCAGUAUUCGGUGCAGUGCGAGUGUCUAUAGUCGCGGGCUAAGUGUGCCACUGAAGAUUAUCGUGACAUGAACACCUUUCCCGGACUGUGUCGCUGGCAGUUACACAUUACAGAACUACUGGA